AAUAUGUGGGAUAUGUUUUUAUGCUGGCCAUCAGCUCUUGUUGGAGAAACCAUCAGCAGCCCAUGUCCCAGUGCCUUUAUACAUUAUAUGAAGCAACCAGGCUCAGUGAGCAGAAAUUGUACAGUCAGAGGUUGGUCAGCACCGUUUCCUCUUUAUAAUAUUUCCUGUGCAAUUGAUGAUGAAUUUUGGCUUGAAAAACAGAACCAGUAUCGUACUAUGAAGGUGAUCUACACUGUGGGAUAUGGCACAUCAGUAGUAACUCUUGCAGUGGCUGUUGUCAUUUUGGUCUACUUUAGAAGACUUCGUUGUGCAAGAAAUUAUAUCCACAUUCAGCUAUUUGUCACUUUCAUCUUAAAAGCAAUUAGUAUCUUCAUUAAAGAUGGCAUCCUGUUUCCGGAGAAGGUACUGGAUCCAUGCAUGCCCCCAACAGCAUCAUGCAAGGCAUCAAUAACAUUUUGCCACUAUUGUGUAAUGACCAAUUUCUUUUGGCUACUGGUGGAAGCUCUUUAUCUGAAUUCACUUUUGAUGGCAUCAUUUCCACAUGGGAAAAAAUAUUUCUGGUGGUUUGUUCUUCUUGGCUGGGGAUCUCCAACUGUCCUCAUAAUUGCCUGGAUACUGACAAAGCUAUAUUUGGAAAACACAGGUUGCUGGGACCAUGAAUGGCAGUCCCCAUAUUGGUGGAUAAUUAAAGGUCCAAUAACUGCAUCAAUUGCUACAAAUUUUUUACUUUUUGCCAACAUCAUCCGAAUUUUAUUCAAAAAGCUCGACCCUAGAAAGAUCAACUUUAAUAACUCAUUUCAAUACAGGCGUUUAUCAAAAUCAACUCUACUUCUAAUCCCACUGUUUGGAACGCACUACAUUGUUUUUAACUUCCUUCCAGAGUACAUCCACGUGGAAGGUAGACUGUAUUUGGAACUCUGUCUUGGUUCAUUUCAGCCUGCGUGUGGAAGAAGUUAUAGUUUGCCAAAAAUGGAAAAACUCAUAGAAACUCUGGGGCAUAAUAUUACAAAUCUGGAUGAAAAUAUAGUUGCUGUUCAAGAUGGGACUAUGGCUUUUAAGGAGAGGAGUGAGGCUAAAAACAGUCAUGUAAUUGGUCUACAGGAACAGUUGGCCAUGAUGGCCACUGAAAUGACCACUCAAAGGACUAUCCCACCACUGAAAAAACUAAUGAAAGAUUAUGAUACUGUAACAUACCUUGCUGCCUUUUUGAAAGAUAUGUCACCCUGUAUAGUUGGUGGGUUAAACUUCUGUCUUCACAAUUUACAGCAGAAGUACUGA